AUGGUUGAAGAUACGACGGGCCAGGUGGUAUCAUGGUACAUCUGUACAGGAGUCGCAGGCCUCUUCCUGGUCUCGAGGCUUUGGGUGAGAUGGGACAACAUGGGCGGUCUUUACCUCGAUGACUACCUCAUCACUGCCGCCUUCUGUUGUCUUGUCGGCGACUUAGCCAUUCAACAGAGAAUGUGGAACAUCGGCCUGAAAAACAUGGCAGAGGUCACGCCGGAGCACUUCGUUGAGAUGAUGAAGCUGAUCUAUCCGGGUUCCAUCUUCUACACGCUUUCUUUGUGGCUGAUCAAAGCCGGGCUGGUCAUCUUCUACAAAAGGCUCGCGGGUCACACGUACAAGUACUUGCAGAAGUUGUACAACGCCACCCUCAUAUGGCUCGUGGUGUCAUGGCUGGCAAUCUUCUUUGACACCAUUUUCCGAUGCUAUCCGUUGGACCGUACCUGGAGUCAAGACCCCAGCAGAGCGUGUCCGGCCAGCGCGGCGACAAUCAACUACUGGAUCACCAUUACCUUCAACAUCACAACUGAUGUUUUGAUAAUUUGCCUUCCGAUUUCAAUGGUGAUGAAGCUCAAUCUUCCUUUGAAACAAAAACUUGGUGUUGCCAGCAUUUUCGCCCUCGGCUUCGUCGUUGUUAUUGUCAGCAUCAUUCGCGCUAUCUACUCGCACCGCCAAGAGACCAUGCUCACCUGCACCGUGUCGAUGAUUGAGACAGCCAUCGCCAUUAUUGCAACUUGUCUUCCAACGCUCCGCGUUCUAAUCCUAGGCCAUACAUCUCGCAAGGGAACUUACGGGAGCCAGCGCCGCUCGCGCGUUUUCGAGCUCCGUGACGCAAACCCCCGAUUCACUGGUACGAACGCCUACUCCAACCACCAAACAACAAUAACUGGAGGAGCGCAGCGCGAUUCCAGGAGAAUCACGCGGUCGAUGGGACGCAGCGACAGCGAGGACGAGCUAGUCAAGGAGCUGCACCAAUAUCCGGCUCUGCCCAGCCCCACGUAUAUGCCCCGAUCACCAAGGGAGAAGAGCAGCUUUGACGAAAGGGUCAACGACCAGACGCCCAAGCCGAAUGCCAUUGAGAUUACAACAGAGGUCACGGUCUUUCCGGAAGUCACCGUUACCGUUAUUUCUGAGGAGCCACAGACGAGGGAUAGUGGACGCGGCUCUUCGUCUACAACCAAGCGAGACUCUCGAUAG